UUAACUGAGGAUUCCUUAAAUACUUCCUGCAUGGUGUCAGUGCCAUCAGGAAUUAUUAAAGACUUAUUUUCAUCAGGAAAAAAACACCUGAAAAAGUGACCAUGCCUGUGAGAAAGCACCUGUGGUCUAUUGCCCGUAUGUUCCUGCCUGUUGUUGGGUUUGCACUGACUUGUUUGGGAGCGUACCUGGUGUCCAUGCAGGCAGAGAGCAGGAGCCUCUGGAGGCUGAUCCCUGCUUACAUCCUGAUGGCGCUCGGGUUUCUGGCUGUCCUGGUCGGGGUCUUCUGGACCGUCUGCCACAGCAUGAAGAGCAAGAUGUACAGGAGAGGAGGAGAAGAGCACAUUCAGAUCUACACCAUAGAAAGCAGGCCAAGAUCCUUCCCUCCAUCCUAUGAAGAGUCUCAGUACAGCCAGGCGAAUGAUAAUCCCUCUGACAUUGUGGUGGAUGUUGACGGGGUGGAUGUGUUGAUCCUUGCUCCUCCCCUGUACAGCGCAGACAGCUCGGAGGCUCCAGACUGCAGGUGGAGCUGGGAGCGCCCCCCUCGGUACAGUCAGGUGGAGAAGGCCCAGCAGGCACAGGAGGAGUAAAUGGAGGCCUCCGCUGGACCUUUUUCCCAAACUGACUGAAGGGAAAUGAAGGAAUAGAGACUUCUUUUGGACUUUCUGUUUGAAGGGCUCAAAUAUAGGUGAAACUGUACCUCUAUAGAUGGAUGGACUCCUCUUCUACCAAACCAUGAACUACAGAGUCUGUGCUGCCUACAUGUGACCAGACCUGUUUCUGCACAGAGGUCCUUCAAAAGUUGAAGGCUGAAGUAAAUGUAGCACGAAUUAUUUUCUCAUGUUUUCACAAGCAGGGUUAAAGCUGCUUGAUGGUUUGAGAAGAGUGUCAGUCGAGUUCAGUGUCUGAGUAGACACACGGGGCUUACUUUCACUGCACUUUAACCCGAUUAACUGCACUACUGAAAUUAACACAUGCUGCUUGUUUACAAGAAUAUUUGCACUGCAGAGAGUGAUGCUUUGCACCUGUUUCGGGGUGAUUUGU